CUUGCCUCGGAGCGGCAGCUGAGAACGGAAAAGGGACUCCGGAGCAUCCUUCUCUGCCUCUGCCUCUUUCCCGCCGGUUCAGUCAAGAUGUGGUCCCUCCUGGUUGCCCUUCUGUGCCUCGCCUGGGCAGAUGCCAAGCACCUGGGGUGCUUCACCGCAGAGGAGCUGGGCAACGAGCCGAUGCCGGUUCAUUUUCGGAACUGGGUCUCCUUGUUGCAACACCAAGACUGUGUGCAGCUGGUCCCGUUCCUGGAGAACGAACAGAACAGCCGCCCGCACCCACGGAGGCAUCACAGCCAUGGCUGCCCGAACCUGAAGCUCCAGGAUAUGCAGAGUGGUGAAGUGCAGAAGAGGUCCAUCUCGCCCUGGACAUACCACCUCGAGGAAGACGAGAACCGGUUCCCCCGCCAGCUGGCCUUUGCCAAGUGCAGCUGCAAAGGUUGCAUCGAUGCCAAGACGGGCCGGGAGACCACCUCCCUCAACUCGGUGGAGGUCUUCCAGAGAACCAUGGUCUUUCGCCGCAAGGCCUGCCCGCACAACGGCGGUAGCGUGGAGAGGUUCUACUUCGAGAAGGAUUACAUUGAUGUGCCUGUGGCCUGCACCUGUGCCGUCCCGCGUUACAGCAGCUGAGCAGACCCCAGGCUGGGCCUCGGUCUGCUUCCCUCGUCCCUCCAACUUCAUCGGGAUCCGUGUUUGUUUUAAAGUAUUGGUGCUUUGCAGCUGGUGGCUGCGACACCCCUCCUCUGGGGGGGGGGCAAACCUGGCCUUCACCCCCACCCUCGAGGGAUCCAGCCAGAAGCUUCUUAAAAAGUCUUUUGCUCUCCAACAAAUGAAAAGGAAUUCCUGCUUAUUUAUUUGUAUUUAUGUUAAUGUAUUUUUGAGAUGUUCUAGUGCUUCAAGCUAUUGUAUUUAUUACUCCCAAAGAAGUGGGGCCAAUUUUCAGAAGAAGCCUUCCCUCCCUUUGGGGGGGAAGCGUUCUUAGCUGUCCCUGGGCCACCCCAGCACCCCAAUAUGCUGAGACUGCGUAAAGCAGGGCUGGCCCUGAUCUGCCUUCUGGUGGGUGGAGGGAGCCUUCUGGGGCUCCUUCACCGAAGGGAGAUGUUGCACAGGUAUCCCAGGGCUGCUGUGAGGCUCUGCCUUCAUUUUACCCCCACGACAGCGGGUAAGAUGGGCAGAGCUGGGACGGGGCUGGCCCAACCAUCCCCCCACAGCUGCUACACUGGACUGAAGCAGGUUUCUCUCCUGGUGUUGCCCCAGGUGGGUCUCUCGGCUGA